AACACACAGUUUUCAUUAACACAAAAAUUAACUCUCCAAUUGUAUUUACUAUAUUUGGCAAAGGAUUUUCUAUAUCUUCUUUUUUUAUAUGUCUUUCAGGUUGAGCAAGAGGAUGGAGACAUGAGGCAAAGCCUACGAAGCCUGAAUCUUUGAGACGAAAGUGAAAGUUUUGAUACUCUUCAUAAAAGAAGGUGAACUUUAGCUGAGGUCUUUGGUGUUGUACUAGUUAUUGUAAAAGCUAGUACAAACCAUUUAUUUGAAGCUAAACUUUUUGUUUUGAAUUUGUUACAGAAAACUGGAAAAAGACGCCUUGAACUUUAACAAACCAUAGAUAGUUGAACACUUGACAUUAGAUAAACAUUUUAUUGGAUGCAAAUGGAUUUAUACAAGCAAGUGUAAUUGUAUUGGUAAGAGGAAAGGUAUAACUUAAUAAAUCAAUUAUUGGAAUUGGAUAAAAGGAUAAAAAAAGCAUCUUUGGAGAUAUACUUAUAUGUACAUUAACUUGUAACGUAUGAACAUGGACAUUUAACAUAUCGUUUGCGGACAAAAAAAAGGAAAUUUAACAUUUUAUAAAUGCAUAAAAAAGGACAAAUGCAACGAUAAAAGCAUGAAGUAGCCGUUGUGCUGGGUAUAAGAAGAAGCUUAAUUCAUCGUUCCUUCUUCGAAAACCUCACAGAAUCGCAAAAAGAAAAAACGAUAAUGUCGAGUUUCAGAUAUCUUUCUAGUAAAAACGCUUCAGCUGUGGAGGAUCUUCUUUCACAGGCCAAGGAUCUCUACGAUCUUGAGCAAGUCGCCGCCAUCAACCUUGCUGGCUUCACCGAUUCUGCUCUUCCCACUAAUCUUGAAACCCGUUUCCGCCGUCUCAAAUCUCUCCCGGUUUCUCGACAACCCGACCCGGUUUCUCGACAACCCAACCCGGUUUCAUCGUCCAAGAAGCUUCUCUUCCACUCCAAGAGCAUGGCCGAGAAGAAUCACGUAAACGCGUUUUCUGCUUCUGCUUUUUCCGUUGAUGAGAAAAGGAACUUCUCCGGAAGAAUCAAACAUGUUCCGAGUGUGCAUUCUCGUCCGUUGGUUUCAUCUGUUGACGGAACUCGGGUUUUCUCGGGAAGUAUCAAACGCGACCAGAGUGUAAAAUCUCGAGAUGGUAAGGUUUUGUCGCCGCCAACAACAACAGCACAAGCAGUGAAGCUACUUUCUAAAGAGAAAUCAAGAACUAGCUCAGCGUCGUCUGCCUCUAUUGAUUUAAUGUCGCCAUCAUCGUCCGAACCAGACCAAGAAAAACGGUCAAACAGGAAACCAAAGUCCAAGUUGUUAGUUUCGUGGUUUGACAAGUUAGCACCAUCAAGAGCCAUGGGUUGCUUAUUUUCUCCAAGCAUAGCGUCAUCAUCAAACAACAAAAAACACAAGAACAGCAGCAAACCGUAUGAUCCCUGAGUAGAAUUGACUGCUGAAGAAUGAUAAAUCACACUUGUUAAAUAGUCGGAGCUCUAUGGGCUUUUAUUAUUUUUGGUUUGUUGAUUUUGAAAUAAACAAAAGAUUAUGUUCGGAUUUGAAAUAUUUGUGAAUACUCAAUAAAUAGCAUGAUAUGUAUUAACAAAAUGACAUGUUCGCAGUCUGGAAUAAACAAAAGAUCAUGGGUUGCUUA